AUGAAAAGCGAAACGUGGACGAUUAAGGUGAGUGCGAUUAGCGUCACACUGAUGAAUCUGCGCAUUAUCACUCAGUUGCAAAUGAAUUCCUUGUUCAGAAAACGGUUCAAUCUCAAGUCAUCCUAUCAGCUCAGCGAAAAUGCUACGAUAAUACGUAUCAUCCUUCCACUGAUUGUAUUUCAAACGAUCUCAAAUCUGAUCUUCUCUAUAAGUGCGACCGUGUUCCCGCUUCUAUUUGACAAGAUGGACAUCCUCACAGUUCUGACUCUACUUGCCAUUGUAUACACCAUCCCUUACUACACAGUUGUGUCGCCGAUCCUGAUGUGGUUCACGAUACGAUGGUCACGCCAACUGAAAGAAUCCAAGCUCAAAUCUUUGGUCAAGCUACCGUCCUAUGGCAGAGAAUGA